AUGGCUAACGAGCGAUUGGAACUGAAAGAAGUGGGCUCGGACCGCACCCCACAUGUGGAGGAAAUGCCUGAUACGAGGGAAUGUCUUAUUGACGAUGUAUCGAAGGACGUCAGAACUGGAUUCACGAUGAACGACCAGAGAGACAUGCAUCGGAUGGGUAAAAAACAAGAAUUGAGGAGGAACUUCCGGCUUAUCAGUACCAUUGGCUUCACCACAUGUAUCAUGGGAACGUGGGAGAAUGUGCUAACAUCAACCUCCCAGGGUUUGAGGACCGGCGGGCGACCGUGUCUGUUUUGGUCGCUGGUGUGGGCAUACUGCGGACAGCUUUUUAUUGUCCUUUCUCUGGCUGAAAUGUCCUCUAUGGCACCUACCGCAGGUGGCCAGUACCAUUGGGUAUCUGAAUUCGCUCCUAGGAAAUACCAAAGGUUUCUUAGCUAUGCCUCCGGAUGGCUUUCGGCACUCGCCUGGCAGAGCGUUGUGGCAUUUGAUACCUAUUUAACCGGAACAAUGAUCCAGGGCAUGAUCUUCUUGAACAAUGAGACAUAUGUACCGGCUCGUUGGCAAGGAACCUUGAUUGUCUCUGCAGCGUCAAUUGGUAUGAGCCUUUUUAAUAUAUUUGCUGCAAAGCAUCUGCCGCUUGCAGAGGGCAUUUUUGUCACGUUCCACUUCUUCGCAUUUGCUCCAAUUAUAGUCACCCUACUCGUCCUCGCCCCCAAGGCAAAGGCACAAGACGUAUUCUUCGGGUUUAAGGAUUACGGAGCUGAAUGGGCAAACCCAUCUUUGGCUGUGAUGAUAGGACAGGUGUCCCAAAUGUUUACUGUUAUGGGCUCUGACUCGGUCGCACAUAUGUCUGAAGAGAUUGAGAACGCCGGUGCUACAGUUCCUCAAUCCAUGAUACUGUCAUUUUUCCUGAAUAUGCCAUUUGCCAUUGGUUCAGUUCUCACAUAUCUAUUUAUAAUGCCCAACGUGCAAGAAGCCCUUGACUCCCCUACUGGUCUACCAUUCAUCCAUGUGUUUUCUGAGGCUACGAAAAAUGCAACUGGUGCAAGUAUCUUAUUGGUGGUCAUCCUCCUCCUAUUUUUCAUGAUCACUAUUAGCUGUAUAGCGUCAGCAUCGCGACAGACCUUCGCCUUCGCUCGCGAUAAUGGCCUACCUUUCUCAGCCUGGCUUGGAGCUGUUCACCCUACACUCCAUAUCCCUGUCAACUCGGUCAUCAUAACAUGCGCCUUUUCACUCAUUAUGUUUCUGAUCAAUAUUGGUUCUGGUGUCGCAAUGAACGCUUUGCUAUCGCUCUCUACCAGCCCUCUCAUGGCUACAUAUAUGAUCUCCAUUGCUUGUGUUAUCGUGCGCCGCAUAACAAAGUCUCCACCACUACCACCUUCCCGUUGGUCGCUUGGUCGAUUCGGCAUGCCAAUAAACAUACUAGCGCUCGUGUAUGCUUUGUGGGCAUUCUUCUGGAGCUUUUGGCCUGUGAACCGAGAAGUCACUGCGGAAACUCUGAACUGGGCACCGGUUCUGUUUGUCGGGGUCAUGGGACUAUCUGCAGUGUUGUAUUGGUUGGUUGCGAGGAAGGUUUAUGAAGGCCCUGUUGUGAAGGUAGAAGGCCGGAAGUUCCAUUGA